AAUCCAAGAGGGAAUCAUGGCGCGUUGCUCCCCGCCACUGCUGCGCCGCUUCUUCUGCUGCGCCGCCAAAUCCUCCUCGAACGCCGCCGCCGCCGGCCCGAAGAAGAAGAACGUCGUCUUCUUGGGAUCCCCCCAGGUGGCUGCCUCGGUGCUGGACACGCUGCUGGCCGCGUCCAACUCCCCCGACUCCGCGUUCCAGGUCGGCGCCGUCGUGACGCAGCCGCCGGCCGCCAAAAACAGGGGGAGGAAGCUGCUGCCGUCGGCCGUCGCGCAGCUGGCGCUCGACCGAGGGUUCCCCGGCGACCUUAUCUUCACCCCCGAGCGCGCUGGGGAGGAGUCCUUUCUGUCUGACUUGAAGGAAGUGAGACCAGAACUUUGCAUCACUGCUGCUUACGGGAACAUUUUGCCACAGAGGUUUCUUGAUAUCCCACCAUGUGGUACAGUUAAUAUACAUCCAAGUUUGUUGCCUCUAUAUCGUGGCGCAGCUCCUGUGCAGAGGGCGUUGCAGGAUGGUGUUGCAGAAACAGGUGUUUCCCUUGCAUAUACUGUCCGUGCCUUGGAUGCAGGUCCAGUGAUUGCUUGCAAAAGGUUUUCUGUUGACGACUUCAUCAAGGCACCAGAGCUGCUUGCUAUAUUAUUCAAUAUAGGGUCCAAGCUACUGCUGGAUGAACUACCAUCUGUUCUCGAUGGUUCAGCUAAGCAAAAGGCAAAGCCACAGGAUGACUCCAAAGUUACACUGGCGCCCAAGAUGAAUUCUGAUGAAUCAUGGCUGACAUUUGACCAAGAUGCUAAAGUUCUCCAUAAUAAGGUGCGAGCAUUUGCAGGAUGGCCAGGAACCCGCGCAAAACUGCAACUCAUGAACCAAAAUGGCGAACCCGAUGUUCUAGACAUUAAGGUUAUCAAUACGAAGGUAUCCGCAUCCUGUGACAAAACUGGAGAUGAAAACGAAGUACUAUUCUCAGGGAACUCGCUGCUGAUUCCCUGCAAUGGAUCAACUUGGCUUGAGGUGUUGGAGCUUCAGCUACCUGGAAAGAAGGUAACUACAGCUCGGGACUUCUGGAAUGGUUUGCGUGGUCGGAAGCUGUUGAAGUCACCAUAGAGGGGAAAUCUGCUUUCACUUUACAGCUCAUGUGCAAAGGAUGCAAAGAAAAGAACCGCAUGAUGUGCUUGGUUUAUACACAUUUUGCAAAGGGUUAUUGCCGCUAUCCUUAGUCCUUAGAGAAUUUUGCACGGGGUGGAUAUAGAUGGUCUCAACUUUCUGAAUUGUAGUGUUCAUCUGUAUUAUUUCCCAACCCAAGGAAAAGAAGGCACAAUGCUACCUUGGUGAUGGUGACAGAAUUGUGGUUUUAUCAUUUGAGAGUUCAAUUACUUUUUGGCCAUGACUUUUGAUGGCCCCUCCACAA